GGCAACGGUUUCUGUGUUGGUUGCGGGGCGGUCGUUGAGGAGAAUGCGAUUGUGUCUGAAGUUGUGUUUGGCGAGUCGUCGAGUGGCGCGGCGAUUGUGCAGGGGUCGUUUGUAGGGCAGGGUGCAACACAUGCAAAGAUGGGAGUUCCGUAUAGGAAGAGAAAUACUUCUGAAUCUCGAGAGCAGACAAUUGAUAAUGCAAGCAGGAAGAUCCGGAACGUCGGAACCAUUAUGCGUCUCUCGGAGGUCGUCCAGACAGCCGCAAUUCGCGUGUAUACUCUGGCUGUUGAACAUAAGUAUACAUUUCUCCAAUUCGUCCAAACCCUCAACCUCCAGCUCCAUCAAUGUCUGUAA